AUGGAUGUGAAUACAUCAGCAGUUUCCGGUACAAUCAGCACAGGAGGAGGACAUGCACAGCUGGAAGAGGUUAUGUCAUCCCUAGACAUUCCCUGCAUGACCUACCACACCUUUAGGAAGUAUCAUGACCGAGUAGCUGAAGCCUGGAAGGAAACCGCCGCAAAAUCAAUGGAGAUGGCAGCAGAAGAAGAAAAGCGGGAAGCGAUCAAAAGGGGAGACGUUGAUAGUCAUGGAGUACCUUUAUUGACUGUUGUUGCGGAUGGCUGUUGGGCGAAGCGCUCCUUUCGUACCAACUAUAAUUCCCUCUCUGGUGUGGCUGCUAUUGUUGGAUACCACACCAAGAAAGUAUUAUACGUUGGAGUGAAGAACAAAUACUGUACGCUUUGUGUACGGGCUGAACGAUCGGGUAAGCAGGCAAAAGAGCAUGUAUGUUUCAAGAAUUGGGGAACACAUCAAAGUUCUACAAGUAUGGAGGCUGCACUUAUUGCUGAGGGAUUUUCAUUGAGUGAAGAAAUGUAUGGGGUACGAUACAAUCGGCUUAUUGCUGAUGGUGAUAGUAGUGUCUAUAAAACGUUGCUUGAUCGGAGGCCC